CGUGUCUCGUCUGCUGCGGUUCGAAAUUGGAGACGCCGGCGCCGUUUACUAUUUUCACUCCUUUCGUCCACUCCUGGUCUGGUACAUGAUCAUUUUCCUGGUUCGGCACUCGUCGUGCGUGGGAAAACGUGCGAAAUUAUUCAUUCGAACGCGCCAAUUUCAUCUCGAUCCUGAUCUCAAUUGGCAAAUAUUAACCCGUCUUGAUCGAGGACGAAAUUGUCAGCUGCAUUAAGAAGGAAUUUCUGUACUGACCACACCAACUGCAGCUGAUGCACACGUGAUCCCAACGAGGCCCAAGUGUUUCGAAGCCCAGUGGUCCACUGGCCGCGCACAACUGCUGAAUUCAUCACUUGUUUCUACAUGAUGCUCCGCGGACCCGCCGUCGCCCUCACCGAGUACGAGGACAACAUCCUCUUUGACCUCGAUGACCCAGACUUUGGUGCCAACGAGAACUGCAGACCAUCCAGUCCUGCCUUCCUGGGCAUGGGACUGCGACGGGGCAGCCGAAGUAGUUGCGGAUCGUCUGCGAGCUUGGUAACCUUGGAACUGCCAACCACCCGUGAACGUCGCUGCAGCGGCAGUAGCUGCGCCUCGUUCGACGGCGACUUGGCCUAUCUGAGCAUCGAGUCACUGCGCUCACACCUUAGCUCCUGCUUCACGUGUGGCGUGAGCUGGGUUGAAGAACAUGUUUCUUUAGACUGUCCUGAGUGUGGAGGAUACUCAAUGCAAAGGCCAUGCCCAAGUUGUGAUGGGCGCUGCGAGUCUACCUGGACCAGGGAUCUUGCCUCCAGCCACGCAUCUGGAAAGGCAAGAUGGGAAGGCGAAUGCAGUAGUAACAACUGCAACAACAACCAAGACACAAACACCCAGGCCAGAAUCAUCCUGCGCUCCAUUGUUGACCUCACCCUCUCAGAUAAAAUGACAACAGAGAAGAAGACGUCGUCAUGACGAAUGCAGUGUUAGUUGAAUAAUGACUCUCCAAGUGACCUAAGAUAAAACUUUACUUUACGCGUAUACAAUUAACUAAUAGGUUAAGCAAAAACAAUGCUCAAUGCACAGCCUUUUGUCACUUAUCAGUUCCUUAUUAACUAAUGUCAUCAAGUAUAAUUCAUCUUGCAUCUGCGUAGGAAUGGACUAGUUGCCGAAACGCCAUCAGUAAAUAACUCUAGCAAUUAUAAACAUUCCAAUGCAAAAGGGACCAAUUUGUGGAUUGCUACAAUCCAGUCAGAAAUUGUAUACUUGCGUUAAUUUUGAAUUAAAAAAAUUAUAGUCUGCCCAAUGUAAAUUUAAUAUGUGGCUUGGAUUGAAAGAAAUGAAGUGAUGAGAGAGAUCUGACUAGCGCUGUAAAGAGCUGCUUCAGCUAAAAAUUUGUAGAUUCAUUUGUGACUGUACUAGGGUCGGUGGUUGUUGAGAGGCAAAAAUCUCUUUAUUUACAGGCAGCGCAGUAUUGGCUGGGAUUAUUUUCUUGGACUCAAAAUAAUUUUUGCUAAAAUUCAGCUCAAAGGUUUUCUUUGUGUAGGUUACACAGAUUUUUUUAAAUUUCAUGAUUAUCCAAACAUUGAAAGAAUGUUACUUGAUAAUAACCUUCCAAACAAAUAGAUGCUUAUUGUAAAUAGUGAAGAAUAAAAAUCAAAUUUGUCGAAUUCGCCUGUGUCAAAGAUAUAGUGACCACGUUAAUAAAUAAAAAUAAGUAUAUAUAAAAAUUUU